GUACACGGACAGAACCCCCAUCUCUUCGAUACUUCCCCGCUUCCAUUUCUGACUGAACUGGUGAACCCUUUUUCUUGAAGCUCUCGUUACACUCCACCGUCGUUCCGUCACAGAGACCGCCAUAGGAUCUUUCGAUCAUCGACUGGUUCUCUCUCGUCAGGCCUUUUGUAUGGAUUUGGAUUUUUAGGUUUUAUGAUCUUGGAUUUUUGAUUGCUUGGAUUGAGGGGCCGAGAUGUACAACGGAAUAGGGUUACAAACCCCGAGAGGUUCCGGAACAAAUGGGUACAUACAGAGCAACAGGUUCUUAAUCAGGUCAAAGACUGGGAGGGUCUCCGAAACCACCAAGGGAUUUGAGGCAAACCAGGGCACGGCUGGUAUCACCAGGAAGCCGAACAAGGACAUUCUUGAGCAUGAUUGCAAGCGUCAGAUCGAGCUCAAGCUUGUCGUACUCCAGGAUACACUUAUAGAUCAAGGUUACACCGACGCUGAGAUUGCAGAGAAGCUUGAGGAUGCCCGGAGGACUUUGGAAGCCGCCGCAGCCACCUCCCAGGAUGGGCCCACUGCCAUUGCUGUUGCUAACAAUAAGCUUUCAGAGACACAGACCCACCAAAUUGCUGCUAGAAAAGAGAAGCAGCUGGAAACAUUAAGAGCUGCUUUUGGGAUUUCUGCAUCGGAACUCAAGGAACACAGUAUUGAAGGGAAUGAUGAUGCAAGAGAUGGCUGGAAAAAUGUUCGUAGUGACAAUAUCAAGCGUGAACAUGCUUUUCUAGAUAGAGAGCAAAGGUCAAAGAAAAAUAUGGAGGGAGAUCAGAAAGUUGAAAAAGAUGAUAAGAAAAAGGGUGUUAAAGAAUCUGGGCGCCACAAGAAGGAAGAAAGUAAAAAGAGAAGGCAUGAGUCUGAUUCUUCUGAUACAGAUAGCAGUGGGAAACAUGUAAAAGGUCUUCAAGCAAAGCACCAUAGAAGUAAUAGGCGGAGUGAUUGUGAAAUCUCUGUUGAUAAGAAACACAGGGCUUUAAAGAAACACAAGAAAAGCAGGGUGCAUGACAGUGAUGAUUCGGAUUCUGCCACAGAUUCUGGUGAGAAUGUCGAUGUGCGCAAGACUUUAAAGAAUCACAAUAAAAGCAGGGUGCAUGACAGUGAUGAUUCUGAUUCUGAUAGGGAUGUUGGCAAGAAGCACAAGAACAGAAAGCAUGAUAGUGAUGAUUCUGAUUCUGAUUCUGCUACUGAUGAGGAUGGCAUUGGCCAUGAGAGUUCCAAAAAAGGGGCCAAGUACAAGAAGUCAAGUAGGAGGCAUGGUUCUGAUGAUGAUUCUGAUUUUGAUGGAGGCUCAUCCAAGAAGCAAAGUCAGAAGGGGAAUCAGCAAGCACGAACUAGGGGAAGACAUGACUCAGAGGAUGAAACUGAUGAUACCAAUAGUGAAGUAGAAGAGAGAAGAAUUCAACUGGAGAAAGAGAAUGAUCAGCAUAGUCGGGGCCGAUGGAAAGAGGGAGGUGACUCUGAUGUGGAAGAUAUGAAAAAAAGCCGCAAUGGUAGACAUGGGAAAAGAAGCAGAAUGAAUGAUGUGGUUGAUGAAUAUGAUUCUGAAAGAGCAAGAAAACAUAAAAGGGAAAUAACAGAUAAAAGUCUGAGAAGUCGGAGGCAUGACUCUGACAAUGAUGAUUUUGGUACUGGUACAGAUGAGCAAAAAAAGAAGGGUGGAAUUAGGAGGCACAACACUGAUGAGGACUAUGGUGUCAGUUAUGAUCGGAGAAAUGCUAAUAGGACUGCAGGGAAACAUAAAAUAGUCGAAGAGGUAGCAGUUUCUCCACUCAAUGACAUUGAUAAUGAUUUGUACAGGUCAGGGAGAGAUACCAUGGAUAGAUCCAGGUACAGGAGUCAAGAAGUAAUGAAGGGGAAGAGGAGUCCUGAUGAUGGAAAAGAAGAUCCUGAGUCAAAGUUAUCAAAUCGCAAUUAUGUGAAAGAGGCAGAGCACAUUGGGGAGCAAUGGAAGGACUCUAAAAUCAGGUAUGAAUCGAAUACCAAAGCACACUUGAGCAAGGAUGAUCAUAAGAGGGACACAAGGCUUAGAUCUGUGGGACAGCAGGAUAGCGAGGAUGAUGAACCACAACGCAUCAGUAGAAAGGAUGACCGGGAGCAUGAGGAGCUUGGGGGAAGGGGAAGACAAAGCAGAUAUGAAGAGGAGCACAGAGUGAGAAAGCAUAGAAGAGAUGAAGAUUAUGAAUAUAUAAGGCAUGAGAGGGCUAAUGCAGAGCAGCGAGGUGGAAGUAGAAGGCAGGCAAGAGGAGAGGAAGUAGAGCGUGAAAAUAGAAGUCAUGAGAUGGACAGACGUAUGGAUUACUCCAAGAGAGCAAGAUACGAUGAUUUGCGAUCAAACGAGAGAAAAAGGUAUGAUGGCAGACGUGAUGAUGACAGAGCCAGGCGCUGAUAAUAAUACUGCCAUUUAUCUUGGAGUUGCAAUGUGGAUGGGGAGUUGGCAUCCUCCCUUGAAAUCUAUAUACAUGCAUUGCUUGUUAUCUAGAAAGAUCGAAGUUGGGCUGGGCUGGGGUUUCCUUCUUCAACCGAAUUUUGCGGUUUCCUUUGGUGGUUUUCUGAUUUUCAACUUGUUACUGUGCUUGUCACAUAGAAGGUGCCUAAAUAAGCUGUCGCCACAGACAGAGAGAGAUGAAUCCUACGUGCAGAGAGGGUUUACGGUGGAAGAUUCUCUACUCAAAUGUACCAGGCGGAUGGCCAUGCGGAAGUUUUUAACUUGGUAAUAUAGAUCUAAGGGAGUGUUCUUUUCAUCGAAACUUAGUGAUACUCGGUCAUAAUUUCUUACUUUGAACAAGUUUGUAACGGUGUGUUGUUUCAUUGUAAUGAUGAGAAAUGUGAUUUUGCCUCA